ACAGGACAUAACAGCAUCAUGAACUCUCGCGUUUUCGUCGGUCUUCUUCUGUGCUGCCUGUGGGCCUCUUCCGAGUCUAUCAUCGUACUGGGAACCACCGCCGCCCUCGGGACUGUCGCCGCUACCACAGUUACCGCCUCUGCGGCGACAGCUUUGGGCGUGGGCGCACUGGCGGUACUGAAGGGAGCUCUUAUUGGAAAAGCUCUUGCGCGCAGAAACAAGAGGGAUGUCGACUCCUUUGAGGCUGACGAGGCAGUUGAGGUUGCCGUAGCCCAGCAGAUGGAUUCAGCUGGUUGCGUGGCCAAACUCUUGUGCGAAAUUGAGGCCAUGUCCGCUGACCAGCUGACUCCUGCUAUGACCUCCUUCAAGACUGCUUUCGAGAACAACGACAAUCUCAAGGGCUCCCGAGGCGUGUACGAUCUGGCCAUCAGUUUCGGCUCCAAGUUCGCCAAGAAGGACUCGAAUGCCUGCAGCGCCCUCUUCGACAAGUGCGUCCUCUCCAGGGAGGACCUCUCCUUCAUGCUGGAUUCCGCCUUCUCUUGCUAGUCAUAAGAGAACCUGCAGAAGAUAACUUCCUAUUUAUCAAGAAAUAAAUUUAGUUCUAGGCGGAAUUUCUGGGAUUUACCAUGUUGCCAGUUGGCUGCCUGGGCGUUACAUUUAAUCAAUAUCAUGCUUCCAAAUUAAAGAAAUCUAUUAUCGAUA